GAACUUCGUUGUUGGUGUUGUGAAUGUGUUACUUGGAUACUGCUUCAAAAAAUAUUUAUUUUCACAAGAUGCAUUUGGCAGGGUGGAUCCUUGCGGUGGCACUAGUUUUUGGGACCUUAAAUCUCAAGAUCACAUCCGCGGGACCUCUCCAUGCACAAUGCAAAGUAGAAUGGUAUUUUGGGAUCCCCUGUAGACAGGUCUAUGAAGGUCUGGUCACUCAGAUCAAGCAUUGGAGAACCAUGUCCAGCUGUGUGAUGGGGGGACAGAGGUGCCUCUACAAGCUCCAGGCAGCCUCUAUCCACUUCAUAGCAGCCAAACACACCACACCAUUUAAGAAGACUGUCGAUGACCUGACGUUCCGUCUGGUCUCCUUUGAGUUCUUCACCCACUGUCACGUCUCAGCCAUGUCUGUCUCAGAGAGCUGGUAUGCCAUUAGAGAUCACGGCACAAACUACUGCAACCUUUAUAAUCUCAUGGAAGGAAGUGGCCUUACAGAUGCCCCUGGAUACAAAGAGUUAACGAGUGACUUCCUGUGUACCCAGCGGUCCUCUGCUGACUGCACUGUAUACUGACACCAUGAUGGCCCAUGGUUCAUAUUGCAUGGCAACAGCUUGCUCACCGUCAGAUCAUUCCUCAUCAUCUGCCAGUGUUAGCAGCACCGCAUUUUAUACACACACUGCUUUUGUUUCCUUAGAGGUCUUCUUUUUUUAUUUGAUCCAUUCAUUCUUAUGCUGUAUCUUUUUAUCCUUUUUAUUUUUUUUAAUGAAGCAAUGAAGUCAAAAGGUUCAAGUAAGGAGUAGUGAGGUAAAAGUUUCAUCUGUAAGGUCUUUCCUGCUGUCUCAAGCCGGGAGAAAACGUAGUUGUAAAUAUAGUUCUCCUUUCGUUCUAUACCUCUUGAGGUGAGUCGCGUUCUGAGGGGCAUCGUUCUUUUUGACACCUAAACCAGUUUUCCUCUUAAAAGCAAUGGUGCCGGGGUAAAAAAACAAAACACAGUGAGCUAUGUGAAUUGCAGGGCAGGUUUUUAUUAGCACAGCAAUAUGGUCAGCUGGGCUUUGCCAUCCAUCACAGCGAAGGCUUUUCAGAUCACUGCUAGAAGACACUUUGCCACGGACAUCAAUGUCUAUGGCUGCAUCCCAAAUGUCAACGUAUUCCCUAUAUAGUGCACUGGUUUUGACAUAGGCCCACAGGGUGCACUUUAUAGGUAGAGGGUGCCAUUUGGGAGUUAGACAAUCUAUGCUUUAGUUUAGCCAUAUAGCUUUCCUCUCUUGCCAAUAGGUGGCAGUGUCUGCAAGCUCCUUUGUCUUGUUACGGUUAUCUGCACAAAUUGACUUUUUAUUAUCAUUAAACCACAGCAAUUCCAAUAUUUCAAAGAAAAGUUGUAUGCAUUUCACUAUGGAUAGAGAAAGUGGACUAGGAAGAGAGCAGGCAUUGCAUAAAGACUAUUGCUUUGAUUUUUCAUUUUUCCAGCACAUACGAACCACCACGCUUCACAGCUUAAGGGCAUAGAUUUCCCUGCUUUCUGAAGAAGUGUAACAUAACCGAAUGAUGUGUACUCAAAGAGAUCAACGAAUUGUUUAAUUCUGAUAGUAAGUAGACUAUUAUUUUCUGUGACUGUGUUAUCCAAUAUAAUGAUUGAAUUGAAACAGCUCUUCAGCUAACACGGACACUACGGUAAUAUCAGGGUUUAAAUUGGGAUAGUGGUCGUGGAACUGACUUCAAAAUGAAUAGGCUCUGAGAGAUCAUUUUUAAUUGACAGUUUUAUGUCCAUCUGACAGUUAGCAUCGUCCUGUCCUCCAUCCAAAUGUGGAUGAACGCUGUUCCACUUCAUAUUCCAUCCAGUCCAAUUUAACAGCUGUUUAUUUAAUGUGUAUGUUGUAACACAUGCAAAUAGUUUUUGUUUUAGGUGUGUCAAGUUACAGAUAUUUUGAAAGCAUGGCCAAACUCUCGUUCACUAUGUUUUUUUGGGGGAACAGGAUGUAUUAUGACUCCUUCCCUGUGGCAUCAGUAUUUUGGAGUGCAUAUGAUCCUACGCUGUGUGCAUAUGAUCCUAUGCUGUGUGCAUAUGAUCCUACUCUGUGUGCAUAUCUUCAUGCGUACGUUGUUGUAUGUGCCCUUUCAACGGGUGCUUUACAUGGUUAGACAGGACAGGCCCAUGACAGUGCAUUCCCUUUUCCUGCCCACAUAACACAAACAGUGGUGAAUUCCCUCUUAUUAAAACUGAAAUGACCCCAAAAACUCAUAGCCUGGAAUCUAAACUGAUAUGCUCAAUUUCACCAUUAAAACAGAACAUAUCAGUUUGGAUUCCAGGCUAUCAAAAUCCUGCCCAAAACAACGAUUUUGACAAGGGGCCCCAGGGCCAUCAGGGGCCUUAUAGUCCCUGUCUGAGAUGUCUGCCUGGUGCUAUGUCCGAAAUGCCACCCUAUUCCCUGUAUAGUGCACACAUUUUGAUGAGAACCCUAUGGGCCUUGAUCAAAAGUAGUGCACUACAUAGGGAAUAGGGUGCCAUUUGGAAGGAAGCCAUGACAAGGUCCAGAGUGGCAGGGGGACGAGGUAAUCACAGGCUGUGUAUUGAACAAUAUUGAGAAGCACAACAAUACCAUCUAUAAAUCACCAUUGAGAGUAUGAGAGCCACGCUGGAUCCAGGAUCUCAAGGACAAAACAGGCUGUCCCCUCUAGCCGGAAGGGAACCAACCUUGUAAAAAGUGUCUGCUCGCUUUAUACAAGGCAGUGUUAUUGUUGUGGACUGUAACCCACAUACUACCUUGCCUUAAUGGUUAAACUGUUAGGAUUUGUUUUGGUGUAAUUCACAAUUAAAUAUAGUUGAUGCA